AUGUUGCUGGUAUUUCGGGAGGCUUGCCAUUUCAGUCAUCUGAACAAUCUUCCACCGAAUCAGCUGAACCGGAUCACAAGUAAUUCCAGGCACGGCGUGACAUGGGCCUUCGUGGCUUUGGCGCCUUUCACGGUGGUUUGCGUACUUGCUGCGGCCUGUCUUGGGAGCGUAACUAUAAUCAAGGACAAGAAAUACGAGGAAGGAACGGGCCCCCAUCUCAUCCACGGCGGCUAUCUGCUGGGAUUGCCGAAGGAAAAGACAGACAAGGACCAAGGCGAUUGGGAAAGGCAGGAGAACAUUAUGGUGGAGCCGUUAAGCCGACAGCUUGAGCGUUUAUACCAUUGCACCAAGUUCUCCUAUUACGUAUGUGGUUGUAAUUAG